AUGUCGGAUCAGAAAGAAGACCUUAAUAGUGACCAGGACGACGACUUUCAGCCGCAAACAAAGAUGAGACGCAUUGGUUCCAAAAAGGUUACCACUAGUACUAGCCAGCUUGACAGCAGAUUUGCUGAAAAGACGAGUACGGACAAAGUACAGGAGUACAGCAAGGGCACGGUUUGCAAGAACACGACUGCCUGCAACAGUUGGGCGAUGCAAACAUUUGAAGCAUGGAGAAGCAAUCGAAACAAGGAUGCUCCACAAGAAGAGCAGGUACCCACAGACAUUCUCUCAACGAAGGAUUCACAACUUUUGCAAGAGUGGCUAAUAUGCUUCCUACUGGAGGCGAGGAAGACCAACGGUGACAAGUAUCCUCCAAAAACUCUCGUACAAUUGGUGUGUGGGCUACAACGUGUACUUCGAGCUCAGCACCGAAGCGAUUCGUUUAAUUUUUUCGACAAGGCAGACCAUCGUUUUGAAGGUUUGCGCAAUGCUCUUGAUAAAGUCUGUCGAGAAUUACGUCAAGAAGGACUAGGAACGAUCCGCAAAGGUUCCAGUGUAUUCACUGCUAAAGAAGAAGACAGUCUAUGGAAGAAAGGAGUAAUUGCGUUAGACACACCUGUAAAACUACUGAGGGCAGUAUUCUUUUAUAAUGGGAUAAACUUUGCUCUUCGAGGUGGUGCGGAGCACAGAAGCCUCAAAUGGAGUCGGGUGACUAGAUGCAGCCAAACCACAGACGGAUUGUCAAAAGUCUGUUACAUUUAUGUUGAGCACGGAUCCAAAAAUCAUAGUGGUGGACUACGUGAUUUACGGCAUUCAAACAAAAAAGUCACAAGAUACGCUAAUGAAGAAGCUGGUGACAGUUGCCACGUAAAAAUUUUGGAUCUCUAUCUUAGUAAGUUGCCAGCAGGAUUUUCUCGAGAAGCCUUCUAUUAG